AUGCUUCUAAUGGCUAUCAAAUCACAACUGGCCAAUUUCGAAAACAGGCAAGCGAUUCGCGAGACAUGGGGACGCAGUGGGCAUGUCAGCGGAGAGUAUAACAUCAGGGGAGGUUUGGUCCGAACGGUUUUCUUACUCGGAAAACAAGAGUCCAAACCGCAUUUAGAUAUGGACAUUCUUCUGAGGGAUGAAAGCAGGAAGUACGGGGAUAUUCUACAGUGGGAUUUCAAAGAUACAUUUUUCAACCUGACGCUGAAAGAUGUACUAUUCUGGCGAUGGCUUGAGCAGUACUGCCCCAAAGCUGUUUUUGUGUUCAAAGGCGAUGAUGAUGUAUUCGUGCGCACGGACGCUCUCAUGGAUUACCUGAACAAACAAUGGGAAGAGCACAGUCUGUGGCAGGUCUAUGCGAACGAAACGGACAAAGGCAUGGACUUGAUCAUUGGGGAAGUCAUAAACAACGCCAGACCAAACCGAGACCCGUCCACAAAAUACUUUAUACCUGAAAGUUUCUACCACGGCGCGUACCCAACUUACGCAGGUGGAGGUGGCGUGGUAUACUCCGGGUCUUUGGCGUUGCGGUUAAAAGAGAGGGACAACCCUGUCCUGAGGGUGGAAGCUCGAGGUGUCUCCCCGAAGGGGCUGAGAGUGGAGCAGGGGGCUGGGCUGGUGAGGGUUCAGGCCAGGACAGAAAAGCAGCAGCAGCAGAAGCAGCCAUAUACCCCUGACUGCAGUCCGCAGAUCGGGGCGGAGCUCAACGUGGGCGGAGUCAAACGUUUGACUCCGCCCGUAUGA